AUGAGAGGUUUCAACACCAGUUCAGCAGAAGGCUUCUUUUUGGUGGGCUUCUCAGAUUGGCCUCGCCUGGAGCUUGUCUUUUUUGUUUUCAUUUCUAUUUUUUAUUCCCUAACACUCUUUGGCAACACCACCAUCAUCGUUCUGUCACAAAUGGACCUUCGGCUGCGCACACCCAUGUACUUCUUUCUCUGCCACCUCUCCUUCCUGGACCUCUGCUACACCACCAGCACUGUGCCCCAGCUCCUGAUCAACCUUCGUGGACUUGACAGGACCAUCAGCUAUGGCAGAUGUGUGGCCCAGCUCCUCAUUUUCCUUGCCCUGGCCUCCACAGAGUGUGUACUAUUGGGGGUGAUGGCCUUUGACCGCUAUGCUGCUGUGUGCCGUCCACUCCACUACACGACCAUUAUGCACCCCCAUCUUUGUUGGGCAUUAGCUACCUGUGCUUGGGCGGGAGGCCUUGUGAACUCUUUGGUUCAGACAAGCCUCAUGAUGGCCAUGCCUCUCUGUGGCCAUCAACUGAAUCACUUCUUCUGUGAGAUGCCCAUAUUCUUGAAGUUGGCUUGCGAGGAAACAAAAAGAGCAGAGGCCAAGAUGUUUGUGGCUAGAGUCAUCAUCUUGGUCUUUCCUGCAGCACUCAUUUUAGGCUCCUAUGCACAUGUAGCCAGAGCUGUGAUGAAGGUCAAGUCCAUGGCUGGGCGUAGGAAAGCUUUUGGGACUUGCGGAUCUCAUAUCCUGGUGGUUUCCCUGUUUUAUGGCUCAGCCAUCUACACAUACCUUCAACCUACCCACAGGUAUUCUGACAACGAGGGGAAAUUUGUUGCCCUCUUUUACACCAUAAUUACCCCCAUGCUCAAUCCUCUGAUUUAUACCCUGAGGAACAAGGAUGUGAAGGGGGCUUUAUGGAAAAUAUUUGGGAGAGACACAGAUUCAAGGUAG